CAGUAUCCGGUACAGCUAGGUAUGAUGCCGGCGCUGGGCAACAGGAGGCUGCGGAAAGAGUGAAUGAACUGCUUGGAGAGCAUCCACCCCCGAAUCGAUCCGUUGACCGUUUCCCCUCCGCUACGGCUUCAACUCUGGCUCCAUCUGAUGUUUCUCCAUCCGCCCGUGGGUACGGCACUCAUGGGCUCAUGACCCAAGCAGGGCAUUCUUCAGUUGUUGUGGAUGAGGAGCUUCCCCUGUCGGUCAGCGGCAGGCUCCACGGGAAACCCCGGAUACCAAGCUUCUGUGUCCCUUGCGCCCGUUGGGGUCCCCGCGGAGGAACCACGGUGGCGGCCACUGUUUGGCGCUCAAUUGGCGGGGUGAAGCAUCGCUUUGGUGUGAAUCCUCUCCACACAUGUACCGUCACAAGCCGACCGGUGCCAUCAUGGCAUCUGACAAGUUCCGAGGAAAAGAAAGCGGGAAGGAGAGGAAGAGACCACCUAGCUAUCGCCUCCCCAACUGGUAGUUUUAUUAAUCAUUUUUAAACAAUAGAAGAAAGUCUUCCCUGUGAUUCUGUCCCUACUCCCAAUUAUUUCCUGCUCCUGUUUUUGUGUUGCCUCUCCUGUUGUGCUGUUGUUCAUUCCCCGUUCGGCCAUCUUCCUUUCUUCCUUCUCGCCAGAUUCCCCUCCGACAUCUGCGCUGUGCAGUACCGCCCCUACGUCCUGUAACUCAUCGUCACCAGCUUCCGACAUCAGAAUGGUUCUUAGCCACGCCAGGACAGCCGCUGGCUCGGCUUCGCGCACUUCCCGUGUCGCUUGCGCUCGUCUUUUUUCCACCCAGUCUGCUCUCCGCCAGCAGAUUCAGGAUGCCUACAUUCUCAGUGGUGUGAGGACACCAACGGCCAAGUUCAAUGGCUCUUACACCACCGUUCCUGCUCCCAAGCUCGGUGCCGUUGCCAUCAAGGAGGCCGUCAAGAGGUCGGGUAUCCCCGUUGAGAAGAUCACCGAUGUCUACAUGGGAAACGUCCUCCAGGGGUCUGUUGGCCAGGCACCUGCACGCCAGGCCGCUAUCUUUGCUGGCCUUUCCCCCAACGUAGAGGCCAUUACCAUCAACAAGGUGUGCGCUUCCGGUCUCAAAGCUGUUGUGUUCGCGGCGCAAAACAUCCAGCUUGGCCUAGCGGAGGCCCAGGUCGCUGGUGGUAUGGAGAACAUGACAAGGACGCCGUACUACGUUCCACGCGCUAGCGGCAUGCCCCCCUUCGGUCACAUCAAGAUGGAGGAUGGCAUUAUCAAGGAUGGGCUGACCGACGUCUACAACGAGUUCCACAUGGGCAACUGCGCCGAGAACACUGCCAAGAAGUUCCAAAUCUCUCGUGAACAGCAGGACGAGUAUGCCAUCCAGUCGUACAAGCGCGCCCAGGAGGCUUGGGCUUCCGGGAAGUUUGCUGAGGAAGUUGUCCCGGUCACCGUUCCGGGCAAGAAGGGUGACAAGAUCAUCGAGGUGGAUGAAGGCUACAACGACAUCAAGCUGGACAAAGUUGCCACCCUCAAGCCUGCCUUCGUCCGCGAUGGCACCGGUACCGUGACGGCCGCCAACGCCUCCACCCUCAACGAUGGCGCCAGUGCUUUGGUUCUCGGCAAUAAGUCGCUCGCGCAAGAGUUCGGCAAGGGCUCAAGGGUCCUUGCCCGUAUCGUCAGUUCAGCUGAUGCCGCUAUGGAUCCCAUCGACUUCCCUAUUGCGCCCUCUAAAGCGGUUGAGCUUGCCCUUAAGCGUGCCGGCAUUAGCAAGGACCAGGUUGCCAUUUGGGAGUUUAACGAGGCCUUCGCCGCGGUCAUCAAGGCCAACGAGAAGAUUCUGGGUCUCGAAGGCGCUGUGGUGAACCCUCUUGGUGGCGCCAUUGCCCUUGGCCACCCCUUGGGUAGCUCUGGAUCCCGCAUUCUCGUUACCUUGCUUCAUCAACUCCAGCCUGGCCAGUACGGUGUAGCUGCUAUUUGCAAUGGUGGAGGUGCGGCCACUGCGAUGGUCGUCCAGAGGAUCGAGUCGGUAUAACCGGGAACAUUGUGGAGUUGCGGAUGGGUAUUUGAUGAAUUUUUGUAUAAGGAUGAAGAUUUGCAAAGCUUUGGAGUUGGUUGGGCUUUCUUUCAUGUACAAAUGGUAUGAUGCGCUGCCAGAAGCAGGGCCAGUCUGCACAUAGUUACAGCUGCAUCUUGUUGGGUCAAAGCGACAGAAUGUAUUUGAAGAAGUAAGGAAACUGCAGUGCCAUGUUGUGAGCUUGAUGAUCUGGGUGAUGCUGUAAAUCCACAACUGAGCAUAUAAGUAAACGUGACCAAAUUCAACUCGUGCAA